AUGCCGGAUGUUCAUAAGUACAAAGAACGUUUCACCGACUUUCGCCAUCGCGUCGCUUACACCGGACGGGAGUUGCUAGAGCGCAGUCGAAAGUGGCGUAGCUUCUCUACCAAAUCUCCCUCUAACUGUGACGUUGUAGUCACUUUCAAACGAGGCACUAGUGAGAGUCAGGUGGACUGGAUUUCCAACCGCCUCCAAGCACGGAUUCCUGAGUUGCUUUUCACCAAAACUUUUCACAGUGGCACUCAACGUCCGGCGCUCUAUCUAACCUGCUCGUUUAAUGAUCUCUUGAAAGGCGCCCGGGAGGUUCGACUGCGGAAGCGACUGGCACCAGAAUUUGGCGGUGAGAUGCAGGAGUUUUGUAUCGAGGACUGUGAGAACUUUGAGGGCUUCUUUGACCACGAGACAUUCUUUACCAGUAGCGAGCGGCAGGCCAUCGUGCGCUACUACCUUAUGAGUCUCCGGGCCAUGGCCGGAGAUGCCUGGGACGAUGACAUCAAAUUUUCUCAGGGACAGGCCAUAAUGCCAGUGUUGCUGGCAGCGGGCAAAAUUGCGACGAUAUUUCCGCUUCAUGAUCGAGAGGCGCUAGCGAUGCUGCACAACUCGUGGGUGCGCGGUUUCACACAUCGGCAGCCGUUAGAUGCGGUGGCUGAGUACUUCGGAGUCAAGAUUGCCCUCUACUUCGCGUGGCUAGGCCACUACACCACCGCUCUCCUCAUUCCUGCCAUUUUCGGUCUCCUCUGUUGGCUCAUUGUACCUGCUGGGAAGGAAAGGGCACUACACUACCCUGUUUUGGCUUUCUUUACGAUGUUGUGGGCGGUCUUCUUUCAAGAGGUCUGGAAACGAACCAACAACCAUUACACCUACCACUGGGGCACCUUGGACAAACUGCCCAGUCUCCUGGAGCAACCUAGACCGCUGUUUCGGGGGGUCCUGGAACCCUCGCCAAUAACUGGUCGUUUGGAGCCCUUCUACCCACGAUGGAAAAGAAAUCUCAUCGUUUGUUUCGUCACUUUUCCCAUCACUCUCGUUUGCCUCCUCUUCGUUGUUGUUGUGGCAAUCGCCCAUAUCAAACUGCAGGAGUAUGCUGACCUUAAGUCAUCUUCCUGGCGUUUUCGGGGCGCCACACUUGUACCCUUCUUACCUAUGAUUCUUUAUGGGGUGAACAUUACUGUAUUGAAUGCAAUUUAUCACAAAAUUGCAGUUCAUCUGACAGAAAUGGAGAACCAUCGACUUGAUGAAUCGUACAAUAACGCACUGAUAUCAAAACUCAUUUUGUUUCAGUUCAUAAAUGCCUUUUACGCGUCCUUCUACAUCGCCUUCUAUCGGAUGGAUCUGGCUCUCCUCAGACAUCACCUCGUGACGACUCUUGUAAUACGCCAAAUCGCCGGCAAUUUGAAGGAGGUUUUCCUUCCCUUAGGCCAAACUCGUAUUCGUCAGGUCUACCUCUCCCUUCGUGCUGAUGGUUUUCCAACCUUGAAGAAAGACGACCUACACACUCCUGGCACGGAAGCUUCCGAUGGCAAAUCAUCUCCCAAUAAGUCCACAGAGACCAAAAUUACGCGAGCUGAGCAAGAGGAAAUAAUGCCUAAGUAUGAUGAUGCAACUAACGACUACCUGGAGAUGUUCAUUCAAUUUGGCUUUGUCAGCAUGUUCACCUGUGUUUUUCCCAUCUGUGGACUGUUGGCCUUUCUCAACAACAUCCUUGAAAUACGCAGCGAUGCAUUUAAGCUUCUUACUAACUUCCAAAGACCUUUCUCUGAAACUGCCCGUGGAAUCGGUGUUUGGGAAAGAGCUUUCGAAAUAGUCAGUUACGUGGCGAUUGCAGUAAAUAUCGGCCUUAUUGGAGUGUCCGGCAGCAUUCAAGCGCUCUUUCCUGGACUCACAACCCAUCAGUAUAUCCUUCUUCUCAUUGCGGUUGAGCACAUUUUGUUUGCCCUUCGCUUUGGUCUCUCCCACAUUGUCCCACCAAUUCCUUUCGCUCUCGAGCGCUCCAUCGCCAUUUUGGAGCACAAGCGUCGUGAAGCGCUGCGGACUUUAGAGCGUGAAUGUCGAAAGGAGGCGAGGCGAGUUAGCGAUGAAAACGACUCUCCGGAUUAUCCUAGUGAUCAGACAUCGGACAUUGACACCCCCUGA